UGGGAUCCAGUGGUUUUCCCGCGUGUUAACAAGGAACCGCCAUGCAUCUUCACCCUUGGUACUGUUCCGCUCCCACGGGCAAGGACCUUGGCGAGCCACCUCAGGGUACCUUCAGGCUUUGAUGCCAAGGGUACUACAUCACUUGAUAUCUCUUGGCCCCUGCGGAAGGUACGCAAUGACGGAAGUGUUGGGCCCGAGACGCACAGGUAAGAGUCUAGUAGUUAGGUUUGAGGAGAGAGUUGCACUGUUGAUCAUGCACAUGCGCAGUCUAUAUAAGAAUGCCAUGAACCCCGCUCCAUCAUCGAAUGCUAAAAACGUUUCUUGAACAAAGACCCAGUCCAAAGCAGGGGAAUCAACAUCUUCACUGCAUUACCUCUUUGUAGAUUUCCAACACGCAAAUCUACACAUAUGUUGUAUGCCAUAGUUUGUACAACUUGCCGCUAACCCAGGAAAUCCGACACACUCUGGAUCUCGUUCAGCAAUCGUACCGCAAGAAACACUAGCUGCCCGCAAGAUGGGCAAGAAAGGCGAAAAUGCCGAGCAGAACUAUCCCAAACAACCCUUCCUGCUCUCGGUCGAGGAGAUUGUCGACCAUCUCCAGACUCGCAUCGAGUCGGGCUUGAGCACUGCGCAAGUCGAUCAAUAUCAGGACAAAUAUGGCCCCAACAAGCUAUCGGGCGAAGGCGGCGUCGCCUGGUACUCGAUCUUGGGCAAACAGAUUUCCAACGCCAUGAUUUUGGUAUUGGUGUUGGCUAUGGCCCUCUCCUACGGUGUCGAGGACUUCGUAGAAGGAGCAGUCAUCACUGCCGUAAUUGUUCUCAAUGUCCUCAUUGGUUUCUACCAGGAAUUCCAGGCCGAGAAGAAAAUGGACGCCCUUCGAUCCUUGUCUUCGCCCUCCGCAGCCGUCAUCCGCGAUGGCAACGAAAUGACCAUCCCUUCGGGCGAGGUUGUGCCUGGCGAUAUCGUCUCAAUCAAGACCGGAGAUACCGUGCCCGCCGAUCUACGAAUGUUUGAGGUCAUGAACUUGGAAUGCGACGAGGCCAUCUUGACGGGAGAGGCUUUGCCCGUCGCCAAAGAGGUUGAUUUCGAAGCCAAACACGGUACCGCAAAAGAAGAUCUUGGACUCGGCGACCGCUUGAAUAUCGCAUAUUCAUCGUCGACCGUUACCAAAGGCCGCGGUAGUGGUAUCGUCGUGUACACCGGUAUGUCAACUGCCAUCGGAGGCAUCGCAGCAUCUAUGCAAGGUAAAAAGCGCAAGCCAAAUCGAUCCAUGUCCAGAAAGAAGUAUGGCCCAAUGCAGCCCGUCAAGGGAGGCGCACUUCGUGUCUGGGAUGGUAUUGGUAAAUUUCUGGGUCUCACCGAAGGCACGCCACUUCAAAUCAAGCUUAGCAAAUUGGCCUACGUCCUCUUCGGUUGUGCACUCCUCCUUGCAAUCAUCGUCUUUGGAGUCAACAAAUUCAAUGUCACCAACGAAGUGGCGAUCUACGCCAUUUCCACUGGUAUCGCCAUCAUUCCUGAAUCCCUGAUUGCCGUGUUGACCAUCACGAUGGUUGUCGGUAUGACACAGAUGAGAAAGAGAAAGGUCGUCGUUCGACAACUGAGUGCUCUCGAAGCUCUCGGUGGUGUCACAAACAUCUGUUCAGACAAGACUGGCACAUUGACCCAAGGUAAAAUGGUAACGCGAAAGGCCUGGAUUCCGGGAGCUGGCAUCUACAGCGUCGACAACUCAAGCAACGCGUCCGACCCGACCGAGGGCACCAUCAGUCUCGGCAAAGCACCCAGCUCACGCAAGGACGCCGAAGCCGACCGACAAGCACGGCAAGAAGCCCUCGACCGAAAGCGUAGUGUGGCCGGUGUCCUGUUCGACGUGCCGCAGGAGAAGUUGCAAAAGGACAAUGAAAAGACUGCGCAUACCGAGGAACCGGUCGAAGAUAAUCCCGAAGUCAGGCCCGAACUACAAGCUUUCCUCGAAGCCGCUGCUCUCUGCAACCUCGCCACCGUCCGCAAGGUCAACGAAGAUGGCACUGAGCAGUGGAAGACCACCGGUGACCCCACCGAAAUUGCUCUCCAAGUAUUCUCGCACCGAUUCGACUAUGGCAAGAAAACGCUUCACGAAGAACACGGCUGGACUCAGAAGAUGGAGUUUCCAUUCGAUUCCUCCAUCAAGCGUAUGACCGUUGUCUACCAAAAACCCAACGAGGACCACUCCACGAUUUUCACCAAAGGCGCCGUCGAGCGCAUCAUCGACCUCUGCGCGACGGUCGGUGUCGGUGAGCACAAGGAGGAAAUCACGCCUGCCCUCAAAGAAAGUAUCCUCGAACAGAUGACCUUCCUCGCCGAACAAGGUUUGCGUGUCCUCGCAGUCGCUCGAAAAUUCACGCCCCUGGAGAUUGCAGAGCAUUCAGACAUUGAUCGUGCCGAAAUCGAAAAGGACCUUAAUCUGCUCGGUCUGGCUGGGCUGUACGACCCGCCUCGUCUUGAAACCAAGGGGGCCGUUCAGGCAUGCACAAACGCUGGUAUCACCGUCUCUAUGCUCACCGGUGAUCAUCCAUCCACGGCCACCGCCAUUGCCAAAGAAGUCGGCAUUAUCCCCAGGAACAUGGGCCAACUUGCGCCCGAUGUCGCUGCGGCCAUUGUCAAGACCGCCACCGACUUCGACAAAAUGACCGACGAGGAAAUUGAUGCCCUACCUACUCUGCCCCUCGUGGUCGCCCGUUGUGCUCCAGAAACGAAAGUACGCAUGAUCGAGGCACUCCACCGACGACGCAAAUUCGCCGCCAUGACAGGUGACGGCGUGAACGACUCUCCCUCACUCAAGCUCGCGGACGUGGGUAUUGCAAUGGGUCUCAACGGUAGUGACGUCGCGAAAUCUGCAUCCGAUAUUGUGCUGACGGACGACAAUUUUGCGAGUAUCGUCAAUGCGAUCGAAGAAGGACGUAGAAUGUUCGACAACAUCCAGCGAUUCGUCUUGCACUUGCUCACCUCCAACGUCGGCGAGGUCAUCUUGCUCAUCUGUGGAUUGGGAUUCCAAGAUCAGUCUGGAUUCAGUGUGUUCCCUCUCUCGCCUCUCCAGAUUUUGUGGAUCAACAUGCUCACGUCGUCGUUUCCCGCAUUUGGCCUCGGCCGUGAAAAAGCCUCGGCGGAUGUCAUGGAGCGUCCACCGCAUGACAACAGGAAGGGCGUCUUCACCUGGGAACUGAUCACGGACAUGCUGGUGUAUGGCACCAUCCAAGGCACGUGCUGCCUGAUGACGUUUGUCUUCAUCGUCUACGGUCCCGGUCCCGACGGACUGGGUGAGGACUGCAACCGCAAGUACAACGAGUCUUGCAAUGUCGUGUUCCGUGCACGUGCGGCCGUAUUUGCCGAACUCACCUGGCUGAUCUUGAUCUCGGCCUGGGAAUUCAAGUCCAUGCGACGAAGUAUGUUCAGGAUCAAUCCGCACGACACACGGACGUUCCCCUUCUUCGCGGACAUCUGGGAGAAUCAGUUCCUGUUCUGGUCGGUCACCAUCGCCUUCUUCUCCGUCUUCCCCGCUGUGUACAUCCCCGGCUUGAACACGGACGUGUUCAAGCACAAGGGAAUCUCCUGGGAGUGGGCGCCGGCCAUUGUCUGCGUGUUUGUGUUUGUUUCGGGCAUGGAAGCCUGGAAGUAUGUCAAACGUACAAUGGGCUGGUUCGAGGAGGAGGAGACCGAGGGCAUGAAGGCGAGGAGGCACCAACGCUCGGCAUUGAACUUGAGGCAAGGCUUCUUCACCAUGGCCAGGAGCUUCACCAAGAGCAAGUCGGAAGAGAAGAAGGCGCCCGGCUCGCCGCACGAAAAGGAGGAUACAAGGGUUGUUUCUAUGCCGAGGAACAGGGAGGCUGUUUGAAUGACACAUUUGGGUUCGCACUUUGUAAAAUUCUGUGUGAAUGUAUGAUCAUGGCGUUCUGGAUGAGUCAGUUACGAAUCUACUUUGGACGAAUUAUUGGUAAGAAUGAGUUGCCAACGUUGUAUAUAGCCCAAGACGCAAAAUAUUAUGCCAAAACCCUCUGAUCGACUAA